GUUGGCUCGGCUGGCUAGAAUAAGGUUGAAACGGUGGGUGGUUUGAAGUUGAUGGAAGGAACUGCCUACUAGUAGUCUGUGCAGCAGAAGUUGUUAAAUUCCUUGGGAAGCUAAGGUAUUCCUACACUCCUAAGUUCAGGACCUCCACACCAAGAUGCAGGACAUCAAGACAAGAUUCCUUGUCAUCUCGGAUACCCAUGCGGAAAAGGGACUCGCCAUCCCAGAUUUACCUGUCGACGUGGCCAUCCACUGUGGUGACCUGACAAACGAGUCAAAACUUGACGAGUUCCGCACGACCUUGGAUCUCUUACGAACCAUCAACGCGCCUCUUAAACUUGUCAUCGCAGGAAACCACGACUUUACGCUGGACACACCAAUGUUCAUGAAGAAGAGAGCGCAGGCAGAAGCCGUCUUUUCGAUUGAGCCGGGGCUUAUAAAGAAGGAAUAUGGCGACUUUGGCGACGCCCGACAGCUAUUUGGGGAUGCUAGAGUAGACGGCAUCGUGUUUCUUGACCAAGGUGUCCACCACUUUAAUCUCGACAACGGCGCCAGCCUUACAGUCCACGCCAGCGCCUUUACCCCAUCUGUAGACGCCGACUGGGGGUUUCAGUACAAACGGGGAGAACACUACGACUUUGCUAUCAACAACGGGGUCGACGUCGUCAUCACCCAUGGCCCUCCCAAGGGUGUAUUGGACUUGACAGCCUCCAAGCAGCGCGGUGGUUGCGAGCAUCUCUUUGCUGCCGUCGCGAGAGCCCGGCCACGCCUGCAUUGCUUUGGUCAUAUUCACGAGGGUUGGGGCGCCAAGUUGGUGGCAUGGCGUGACACGCCCAGCGAAUCCCCUCACAUUUUGUCAACAUCAACAACGGCGAAUCGGCUGUGGUGGACACUCUGGCAACACUCCUCCCAGGAAAGUGGGAUACGGCCCAGGAUAUCGUGGAGAAAGAGGCCCGACUUCGGGCACUCAGGGCGGAUGGGUACCGUGCCACGGACCAUUCCUCAUGAAGCGAGCACCCUAUCGUGCCAGGACAGACGACGCUCUUCGUCAAUGCGGCCAUCCAAUCGACAGAGGAGGGACAAGCCCAGUUGCCGUGGGUCAUUGACAUUGAGCUCCCCGCCGCCAUCGAUUCAAGCUGUGUGUAGGAUGCCUGCUGUCACUGAAUCUCUCAGCCGUCCACUGCCACCAGUUUGUGCGGUUGGCAACCUACCAGUAAAGUCUUUUCUGCUCCCCACCGACAUCGACCAGCACCACAAAAUUGGCUCAAGAGCGUCACGCCGAUGUUAACGGCAGAUUCCGCGUCAUUUGAUCAGCCUCCCGCUUGGCAACAGUGGGCUAGGAACGCCAAAAGCUGCUGGCUGCCGGGGGCGGCGUAUCACUCCAAUCUUAUCAAUCAAUCUCUAUGCUCUCGGCCAUCACCUUACUCGGAAAAGCCAGAACUGCAGCUUGCUUUCGCGCCAGCAAUCUUGGCAACACGCCAUUACUUCAAGUCGUCCUAUGGGCUGAUGAGCAUCAGAGUGCACCAUCCGUUCGUCACUAACCGCGGACGCAUGUUUUC